GCAUACACGAGUGCCGUCGAGCACGUCGGCUGCACCCCCGACCCCGUUGUGCUCGCAGCGGGCGCGGAUAUCAUCGCACGGGGCGUGGCGACUGAGGCCGAGGCGGUUGUCCUGCGCUCCGUGAGGAAGGUCAAGGGCAAAAUCCGCCUCGGCCAACUUCUCACGAUUCAGAACAUGAAACUCGCCAAGCUCCCCCGCGGAGCGCAGCUGGCGCGCCCGCUCAUCCAGAAGCGGCUGGAAGCCGCUAAGCUCGGGAACCAC